AUGAUAUUUCCUUGCGGCAUGUGCAACUUUGUGUUUCCCAAUAGAUACACCUUGCACAAGCACUUCCUGGAUGAUCACAAUAUAGACAAAUCAAUGGGAAGGAAAUUGUUUAAGUGUCCUCAUUGUGAGAAGAAAUUUACCAGAAAUACAAAUUUGAAGAUACAUGUGAUGACAUUUCAUAAAAAAGCAGCUCCAGCACUUGCAACGUGCCAGAGAAGCUCAUUUGUAACGCUGGGAGCAGCCAGAGAACAUCAACGAGAAGCACAUAAAGGGCCAAAAUCUGACGAAGCUCGUCCUCAGAGGCGAGUUUCAUGUAUUGAAUGUAAAGAACAAUUUUCAGAUAGAAGUACAAUGUACCGACAUUUUAGAAGAAGACAUAAGGACAUUAAACUGCAAACACACACGGUACCCAUGUUGUCCUGUCCGGAAUGCCCUCAAUAUUUCUCUCGCUAUACGGAACUGCAGACGCAUUUAACUACCUUGCACGGCAUUGAAAUUGCCUCUAAGACGUUGCGUUUUUCCUCUCUCAGAGAGUUUGAAAUAUGGAAAUCGCAGGAAGAAGCAAACUCUCUGACAAACUUCAUCAAGCGUUCCAGCAAUAAAAAAUUCACUUACUAUAUUUGCGACAUAUCAUCUAAGGUCAGAAAUGUAAGUGGAAUGGGAAACGAAGGAUACACAACGAGGAUGGGCAAAUGCUGUCCAGCACGAAUUGUACUGAGAAAAGAAGGCAAUGAUUACUAUGGAUCAUUCUUCAGUACCCAUGUGGGUCACACCCAUUCCAUUGAUUCUUUGAAUCUGACUUUGGAAGAAAGUUCAAGGUUAUUAGCAGAAUAG